AUGGCGGUGCGGUAUGAGAGUAUCUCACCAGAAUCCCGCAGCUACGACGCGGGUGCGAUGGCCAUGGACAGCAGCGGCUCCGACAAGGAGCAGGAGUCAGAAAAGUACGAACCCGUCGAGCCUGGUCGACGAAUCCUGACGGCACGGCCAUGGCUUUCAACACUUGGCAUGCAACUCGCCUCACUACUGUGGCUGGCUCCCAUCAUCGCUCUGCUCUACUUGAAUUUCAAGAACCACGAGAUCGGACAGAGUGCAUGGUGCCCAGGCGGUGGAAGCUGCAAUAAUGGCACAUACGAUGCGAAUCCAGGACUGGCAGCCCAAAACGCCCCCAAGUACAGCAAAGAAUCGCGCGAUCUCCUGGGAAGCCUUCAACUCGUUGCAAAGGCAUUGGAGAUCUGGUUUGCCUUGAUUGCGCUCUGGUUCGUUUACCUGUUCACCAUGAGGAUGGCCAGCAAGGAUCAUGGUGUACCGGUCGAAUACCUCACGCGCGCAUAUCGACUCGGCGAAUUCUUCGAGAUCUUUCGGCCACGCACGUGGACUUCCCUUUCCUCGAAAUCAACGACUCGAAAUACGAAGCAAUCCGCCCUUUUAUGGAUCUUUUGGUUGGAAACGAAGGAUUAUGUCACUGGACAGCUAAAGGAAUUCAACGCUGCAAGUCCGCCUUCAGUGUCUGGGUUUCUGUUGGGCCAGAAGCAACGCUGCUCUGAUCAAGAUGUGCAAGAGAAGCGCUGGUCCUGUAGAUCACCCGGAUCUAGCUAUCGGCUUGACUAUUGGCUUGUGUCGUCAAUCUUCGCUGGUAGGGGAAUACAAUUUAGCGAGGCGCCAAUCAGUUUCGCUUCGAACAUGACCGACGACCAGAACUAUCGCAGCCCGGUACCAGUCUGGGUGCCCAACCGACAGCUACUUUGGGAAUUCACCUAUGACGAGAUGUACUAUAAAGCAAUGCAAACUGGCACGACGAGCUUGGCAGACCUCAAUGACCACUUCUCAUUCGACGAACCAAUAUCAGAGGAGCUAUAUCAGCGAUACAGGGUGUUUGAGAAGGCCAUUGAACUUGAAAACACACGUGAAGGGCCCAUUCUCGGGCUUGUUGCGAAUCAAUGGCCUGCUCCAGAGUGGGUACAGGACAAUGACGCACCACCAGAUGGUGUGAACUGGAUCUGGACAACAACUGUGGACGAGAAUCGGCAACAGUACGAAAACCUCGACUGGGAAUCAGUACCGGUAUACAACAACUACACGCGGUGCAUCCAGGUAGGCUCAGGCUGGGGUCCAAACACCAAGAAUGAGAGCUUUACGAUAGAGCACCCCCUGAUGUCCGCCAAUUCUACCAACGAUGGGCCGGAAGCUGAGAUUAGAGUGUACAGCUCCGACCGCACUGCCUUCCUUUCCAAUGGAACCCUGCCAUCGGGAAUGGAUCCAGACUGCCUGCGACCUUUCAUCGAUGAACCAGUGCCGUUGGGGGUUGAAUGCGACUGGGAACAGUUCUUUACUAUCGACAACUCAUCUAUAACGGCCAACAUGUCUCGGUUCGCCAAUACUGUCGAGCUGCAGCAACGGACCUCAAAUUUAUCUACAUCUGCGAUAUACGCCAUAGACUAUAUGGUGCGUCGCAACAAUACUUUAUAUGUAUACAUCCCCUCCAGCUCCGUCAACCAGCUUUCGUUCGCGGAAACCCGCCAACUGCCUCAACUCGGAGCGGCAAUUCCUGUGGACCCAGAAUGGUUCUUGGCAACAUGGGCUGUAGAUAGCGGUGGCACGAUACCCGUCAACCGCUCAACUGCCCUUAUAGGAUUGACCUUCAGUCAGGCGCCGGGGAUAGAGACUCUUGCGGUAGCUGAUACCGGGGACUUCAACAUCCUGCAGAGCAAACUCCUACAGAGCUUGCAAUAUAUGCUAACAAUGCUUGACUACACGGUCGAUCCUGCACCCCAGACUCUUGAUAGAUCGGCAGAAGAGAACAUGGACCAUCCGCCCAUCAUCUUCAAGACUCGGUACUACACCUGGACGUACAGUAUGUCUUCACGCACAUCGAAAUUCGCUGCAGCGAUCGCGAUCAUGGGCAUGGUCAUCGCCAUUGCCACGACGGUUUUCGCCGGAGUAGACACAGAGCAUCCGUACCGAUCUCUCACAGAUAUCGUCAUCUCUGCCCUCGAGCACAUACCUGACCGGUCAAGGGAGUUCAGAGAUGGCGAAAUGACGAGGCAAGAGGCUGCAAGAGUGAGAUACAAGGUAGUCAGCAGCGAGAGCCUCGUGGGAGGCCUGCGAUACGAAGGAGUAGAUCGUACUGCGAAAGAAGUAGAGUAA